AUGGCCAGCUAUCACUACGCCAUGCCGCAAUACCACUCCAACACCUCGUCGCACUCGAACCACUCCCACGGCCACCACGGGCGCAGCCGCCGAGGUCCGAGAGUCGCCAGCCAGAAUGCGCACCGCCAAUACAAGCAGCAGCGCAGCCCCAAGGAGGAGACACCGCAACCGCCCACCCACGGCGACUACCUCCGUGUGUUGGAGGCCGCAAAGAGCUUCGAGUUUGAUGAUGACGAGGUCUUUUGUCCGUUCAACCUCUUGACAGAAGACGAUCUGCAAUCCAUACACAGCUCGUCAUCCUCCGACAGAGGCUCGCUGUCGUCUGGCUCUCCCGAAGGAUCGCCCCUCCAGCAGCAGGUCCAACCGACACCAUCUUUACUCCUCUCUUCUGUACCAAAUACGUAUUCCUCCGCAGGCUACCAGCAAGCGCAGCAGCAGAUGAAGCUGCACCAGCCACUCGCCCAGCGAACCCGCAAUGCGAUCCCCAUUGUGGACCCAUCAACCCGCUCCGUGGCGAGCCCUGCGCCCAUGUCCGUCUCGCCAGGCCGCCAGAUGCAGCAGCAGUACGUCCCACGCCGCUGGUAA